AACGUUGUGGGAUCAAGCAAAUGUUGUAGCAGAAUCGCGGUAUAUAGAACAGAAAAUGAUGAAUUUGUGGAAUAUAAAUUCAAAGCUUUUAGAUAUAGUGAAAUAACUCUCGUGAAAGAAAUUACGAAGUCAGAUAUAUCAUUGAUCAUUGGUCAUUUUGCGUUUGCUGAUAGUAAUAACACUGUUGAUCUACCACGUGAAGAAACACAACCAACCUGUACUACCGCUCAAGAUGAAAAAAUCGCAGAAGACCAUAACUUGAACGAAGAACAUACUAACCAAUCUGAAGACAAUAUGUCUAAAGAUUCUGAAGCGAAUUAA